AUGAUGAAUCACGGAAUUGUUAAUUUCAAGAGAUGCUUUUCCUCUGGUCUUAAGGCAUGCAAAGAAUGGAGAUUAAUUGAAAGUAGAAGAGUUGCUAGAAAACCAGAUUAUAAGGUUGGUGAUGCAAAACCUCAUUACAUUCCUGCUAAGAAACCAGAUGUCCCAGAUUACAAGUAUGGUGAGUCCAAGAUUUUUAAACAAAGUAAUACUGGUCUCUAUGGUGGUUCUUUUAUUCAACAUGGGAAUACUAUAUCUGAAAGUAAACACAAGACUAGAAGAACUUGGUUGCCGAAUAUUGUUAAAAAAGCUCUAUGGAGUGAAACAUUGAAUAAAAAAGUGUCUUUGAAGAUGACUACAAAAGUAUUGAGAACAAUUUCUAAAGAAGGUGGUCUUGAUAACUAUUUAAUUAAAGAAAAAUCCGCAAGAAUCAAAGAAUUGGGACCUACUGGCUGGAAAUUACGUUAUGCUGUUCUAAAAGGAAUAGAACUGAAGAAUAAUCCUAUACAUAAGGAUGCUGAAGUGAUAGAGAGAAAUGGUAAAAAGAUAAAGGUCUUCUUCAGCGAAGAUUUUAAUGGUAAAACAUUAAAGAUCACAGUAGGCAAAAGAAAGUUAUUACAGUAUUUGUAUCCAUUAGAGAAGUUCGAAAAAAGACCAGACGGUAUAACUCUAAAUUUCAAAACGUUUAUGGAAGACCACAAAGGCAAUUCAGUCAACGAAAUAAUUUCAAAACUUUCAGCAUAUAAGUUUGAUCUUUCAAAAGUCACCGUUUAA